CUAGUGUGUUUACAGGUCGCUAGAUAAAGAGCUUUGCCAAAAAAAGCUUCCGUGAGCUAGACGACGACCGCCGGCCUCGGCGAACAAACGCGACCGCUGCGUUUGAGCCAGAGCGACCAGACCUAGCGAGACACGCCGCCGCCGCACGCUGCGAGACGUGUUCAUUGAGAGCACUCCUAAAUACUCUUCCGCACACGCCACCGACGCGCGCGCGCCCUCCGAAGCGCCACCGCACCGAAGAAAGUACACACGACCAAACCACGCAACCAUGGGCCAGCGCGUCUCCCUGCAAGAAGAACUCAUCAACAUGAAGAUCACGUCGAAACAAAUGGUCUCCGCGUCGAAAAAGUGCGAGAAGAACGAGAAAAAGUACCGCAAGGACGUGAAGAAGGCCAUCGAGAAGGGCAACGCCGAAGGCGCGCGCAUCUACGCCCAAAAUGCCAUCCGCGAGAAGAAUUCGGGAUUGAACUACCUGAGGAUGAGUGCUAGAAUAGAUGCAGUAGCACAACGCUUAGAUACUGUGGUCAAGAACCAGGCGAUGCAAAAAUCAAUAGUCAAGGUCAACAAGGGCCUUUCUUCGGCCCUAAAAUCGAUGAACGUCGAGAAGAUUUCCAAGGAGAUGGACGCGUUCGAGAAGCAGUUCGAGGACAUAGAUGUGAGAGCUAAAUACAUGGAGGACGCGAUGGGCAAUACCACUGCCUCUGCCACGCCCGAGGACCAGGUCGACGCUUUGAUUAGUCAGGUGGCCGAUGAACAUCAGUUAGAUGUUUCGUUUGCUUUAGAUGAUGCGGGCCAGGUCGGGCACACGGCUCCUGCUCAAGCCGAGGACCCGCUGGCGUCUCGGUUGGAGGCGUUGCGUCGCUAAGUACAGAGUG